UGUCAAGCUACAAUUUCUCGAGUUUACGCUUGAACUCUGAAAUAAAUAAUGAUUUUUUACACUAAAUAAGAAUAGUUUUAGCCAUACCUAGUUUAAAUGUUUAGGUGUGAUCAUCAUGUCAUCUAGUCGUUCAAAAUCAUCAAUACUCGACAAGCCCCUUAGUAAAGGCAAGGGCGAAGUCUCGUUAGCAAUUUACGCCCUUUUCUUUUCAGAAUUAGUACAAUAUUGUCAGAAUCGUUCGCAUUCCAUCCAAGAGCUACAAAAUAAAUUGUCUGAACUGGGCCAAGAUGUAGGCACAAGAGUAUUAGAUCUGUAUUUUGUGAGAGAGAGGAACAGCAAACGUGAAAUAAAGUUACUGAAUAUGCUGCUCUUUGUAAAAUCCACACUUUGGAAGGUAUUAUUUGGUAAAGAAGCCGAUAAAUUGGAACAUGCCAAUGAUGAUGAAAGGACUUAUUAUAUUAUUGAGAAAGAUGCUUUGGUAAACAAGUUUAUAAGUGUACCAAAGGACAAAGGGUCUCUAAACUGUGCCUCUUUCAAUGCUGGUAUUAUAGAAGCAGUGCUCACUAGAAGCGGAUUUCCAGCAAAGGUAACUGCGCAUUGGCACAAGGGAACAACAUAUAUGGUCAAAUUUGACGAUGGAGUCAUAGCAAGAGACAAGUCGCUGGACGAUCGAUAAGCUUUAGUUUACAUGUGGAUUGUAAAUUUAUGUUAAAGUGUAAUAUGUAUAAAAUGCUAAUAAAUGUUUUGUUUACUUCA